AUGGGCUCUGCAAACGCACAGCGCAAGGGCGUUUGGGAGCCCUUACCGCUCAUCGUCUAUGGCUAUGCCGUUCACCCACUAUCACCAUCCAAACGCGACACCAGGCUAUCAAGUCGUCGCCCCAUGUCAACUAUUACAGAGGGCUCCGCAGACGAGAGUGGUGUACACAGGGAUGUGGUCUCUCUCGAAGUUGGCGAUGAGGUCUAUGCCUUCGAAAAGUAUACCCCAAGAGGAAACCAAGCAGAUGGCAUAUGGUACAGAGGCUACGUAGUCUGCACUGCUCGCCUUCCACCAGUCACCUGGUCUACUUCCUCUGACCCAACUUCAUCUUCAUCCGCCAAACCAGUCAAAACCGAGGAACCGCAACAAGUUUUCAUUGGCAUAUUUCCUGCAUCCCAUAUCUUUGUCCGCGAUGAGCUCUCAGAUGCCGAAGGACGCCUGCCAGAUCUCUGGAAGCGUGAGCGUGCAAACUCAGGCCCAGAACCCCCUCGCGAGCACAGAGAAAGAGACCGGGAAGUCAGAGAACUGACAUAUGAUGACGAACGCAAAUCAUUCAAACUUGGGCCCCCGCCAGACCAGGCCAAGUCCACUCGCGCUGCGCUUGUCGUAUAUCCCGCGAGCAUACAUUCCGUGCCAGAUUCCGAGAACAUGAAGCCCCUUCCUCCACGUCCAUCUCUGAAGUCAGGUGAUGAUACAGCCUCUGGCGCGCUGCAGCCCAUCAUCGACGAGAUUGCUAGUGCCCUUCGAGAAUGGCAUAGCAUGAUGUUCCAGUACCUCGCAAGACGCGAUUACAAGCUCUUUCAUACAGUUCGCGAGCAUAUCGAAGCGCUCCACCUUGGGCGAAGACAGUUACUUGCGCAAACAUUGAGCGCAGAAGAGACAGUUAGUCUGAGGAGGGAUUGCGUUGCGCGCUUGGAUCUCGAUAUCAUCGUUCGCCAUCCGACAUGGGGUGCGCUAGUGACAGUGGAUGUAGAGGGCGAGAUCGAUCCUCGCAGCUGGGUUAGCGCUGUGCGGAUGUAUGCCAUGCAAACUUCUCUCGCAUAUAUCAAUCUUACUAUUGGACCUUCCGAAUUCUCCACGAUACCCAUACCCACUCCUGCACAUUCUGCAUUCCCCGAUAUAUCCCGACACAAAACCAUCUCUCGGCAGGUCGGUUCCCUAGGUCCAUACCAGCCUGAGAAGCCAACUGCAGCUAAAUUCUACCACAUUUUCCUCGACCUCCGCGAGACAGCUGAGCUUUUCUUUUCGGUCUACAAGCACUCCGAAUUCCCGAAGUUCGUUACCGAAGACUGCUGCAUUGUACUUAAUCACAACGGGGUGCUGUCACGCGACCCCAACGCCCGCAUUCGCACGCUCUUUAUUGAUAUCGCGCAGUCGGAUGCGCAGGACCCGCUAUUCCUGGUUUGUCGUAUCAUGAAUAACACGAUGGGAUCAGGUGCUCCCGCAUCGCUGCCUGAUGUCCCAUUAACACCCUCCCGUACAACUCUAAUGUCGGAACUCCCGAUGAACUUCCGUAGGCCGUUUGGUUGCGCAGUGCUCGAGUUAUCUCAGCUUACGAAGAUGAUGGUCGAUGGUACGGAUGUGAGCCCGAUGAAGGAGCACUGCAUGCCGAUCUUUGUGCCCACCAACGAAGCACUUUUCUCGAUGUUACAUCAAGACAUCAUCACAAAUAACGUGAAAGAGUUCGAGAAGUCGCCAAGGGCUGAGAUGCUUGCUGUUUCUGUGAAAAUAUUCCAUGGCGACUCAUCUACCGUUAUCAGAGAGAACAUGUCUCUUCUGCAAGACAUCCCUUUGACCCUCCGACUUGGAUUCCCCGAUGUGGUGUUUCCUGGAGACGUGCGCAAUGAGCUUUACAUCAAGUUAUGGACAGGAGACUUCCCAUCCUCCCCCAGCGGUUCCGCUCGACUCAGCAUGGUCAAUUUCACGCGUCCUGGUCCAGUGUCCCAAAACGCUCAAGUGUCGAUCGAAGUCAGAGAUCAAGAAGGUCGCACCAUUGAGAAUGCCAUCUCUCUGGGUAGUGGCGAGUCCAGCGUGACUCAGUUCCAUUCAAUGGUCUUCAUGCGUAACAAUCAGCCCACAUUCGGCGAGCUCAUCAAACUCCAGCUUCCACUUCGUGGUAUUCCCAACUGGCAUUUAUUCUUUACAUUCCGGAAUCGCUCUGGACGAGGGCUCAAUGCGGAUAAGCCGUUCGCGUUUGCAUUCCAGCCACUCUUCCCCGGUCAAGGAGCGUUUUUGGAGGAUGGGAGUCAUACUUUAGUACUGUACCGCGCAGAUAAGCUGCUGCAGAUCACGACGGAUAUGUACCUGGCGUCGUCGCCGUGGGUACUCCCCGGACAGCGCCCUGAGCAAGUUUCCGUAUCGCCAGAUCUGCUGAAGCUGGCUUCGCCCAUGAGGGACACCGUCAUCAUACGGUCAUCUCUCUGUUCCACGAAGUUUACACAGAACCCUGUGCUCAUGAGCUUGCUUAACUGGGAGCAAAUCAACGACAAGGAGCUGCUGCAGACUGUCCUCAGCAAGUUUACCUUCGUGGGCGAAGGAGAAAUUGUCAAAUUCCUCAGGGACAUCUUCGAUUCGCUCUUCGGUAUCAUGGAGUCGCAGAACAACCAGGCCGGUGAGAUGGACCACCUCGUCUUCAGUGCCCUGGUAACUGUCCUCGGUAUCGUGCAAGACCGUCGAUUCAGCAAUUUCCAGCCCGUCUUGGAUGUUUACAUUGAGCAGCAUUUCAACUGCGCUGCAGCUUCUUCGCACAUGAUCCGCUCGAUGGACCGUCUGCUCCGGAAUCCGACUGAUAAUGAUGCAGCCUCGCCUUUACGCGCAGCGCUAAAGGUUUGGCAUUAUAUAUUUAAGUUUAUCACGCGCGCACGAGAACUUCAGAAGAGCACUGAGCUGGGCAUGGGUGACGGAGCAACCGCCGAGCACUUGGAGACGAUGUUCAAGAAAGAAAUUCGUUGUCAUCUCAUUGAAGUUAACAAGAUGAUGGCAACUACGUCACCAGCGUCUAUCAUUGGCACACAGACCAUUGCAUUGCAGCACUUUACGUCUAUCCUUCCAGAACUUGCCAAGAUCAUCCCCACCAUCGAGCUUGUGACGGUCACUACGAACUUUGUCAAUGCCAGCUCCACUGGCAAGGGCAAAAUUAUCAUAUGGCGGUUGAUCAUGUACUUGCAGAUCGUCAAGGGUUUCUUGUUCGAUAACCCCAACUCGCGGUCGUUGCUUGUUCAAGCUGUCGUUAUACUGCCAGCGGCGGAUUCCGAUAGCGUGCGUGAUGGAGCGAGAAUUAGCUGGCUAGAGUCUAUCCGGCUUUGUGUAACGAUUCUUGCGGUGAUGCUGGACAAAUUACAGCUACAGUUGGUGUCGUCAUCGGUUAUGGCGGAUCGCAAUUUGUUCAGGCAGGAGCAGGAGAACAUCGAGUAUAUACUUAUGCUCAUGCCGAGGCUUCUUGACUCUUAUCGCGAGUUUCAGAAUCCGGCUAAUCACCGUGCCGUGGAACGGACGCGGACGCGUACUCCAACCACAACAACCGCCGCAGUGCCUGUCACAUUCCCGGAGUCUUACCCGUUUUCCCUCAUGGCUUUAUUGCCCAAUGCUCCCCGCAAUGCUACUAGUACAUCGCUGACACACGAAGACAACUUGGUCUUCAACCCUGGCUUGGGCGAAACAGCUAUAGUCCUCCUUUCCCUUCUGCUCUCGGCUCCGACGAAGCACAUCUACAACUUUUUGGAGUCCAGUUAUGACAUUGAGGGGAAGGAAAACUUCGCUAGUCUGCUGACGCAGUUUUUCAAGGUUGCGAUAUCUAUACUAGAGAAUGAUGCCUUCCCGAACAACUGGCUGAAUGUGAACAUUCUGACGCACAAGGUGUUGAUCAAGAUGAUGGACCCUAUUGCCACGCUUCUAAAGCGGAUUUUCAUACCCCCGCCGUUGGCAUCGCAUCAGUUCAAGACGGAGCUGUGGAAGGACGCUUUCUUCAUGUUGCUGAAGCUUUUAUCAUCGGAGCAGCUUGUAAUCGAAGAUUUCAGUCCACAGAAACGGCGUGCUGUAUGGCGUCUGGGCGGCGAUAUUCGAGGUGAAGGUGCGGACAUACUGCUGCGGCUAUGGGAAGCCCUUGCCUGGCCGGAACCUACAGAAUCCAGCUCUGUCUCUCAAGGGGGCUACCAAGCAGUACUGAGCUCAUUGAUCGGGUACAUCGUUAACCUCUGUCUCAGUCACCACGACCAGCUACGAAACAAUGCAGUCGGGAUCCUGUUCGGUAUGAUCAUUUCAGAAUAUCAUCAAUACGGCCACUUUGACCAGAUUGAGACGGAACUGGUCAGGAAGCUAGAUUCCCUCUUCAUGUCCCAGUCCAAGGGCGAUGACAUCUCUCGUGUAUUCUUCAUCGCACAACUGCGGCACCUAUUCGAGUCGUCCGAGCGCGUCUCUGCUUUCCUUGACUCGGUGGAUGCCUUCCUCAAGCUUCUGCUUAACGUCCGCAGCCUACCCGAGGGCGAAGAGUUUGCUGAUGACCGUGUGAUUGCCACGCUGCGCCUGAUGAACUUCAUCCGCGACAUUGGCAGGGAGGAGAUGUAUAUCAAAUACGUGCACCAGUUGGUCAAUGCCCAUCUACAAUCACAAAAUUAUGUGGAAGCUGCGCUGACUCUAAAGCUCCAUUCUGAUUUGCAUAAUUGGGAUCUCUACUCGUUCGUUGGACCUAUGGAGGACCUCGGGCUGCCUCAACAAUCUCAUUUCCAUCGGAAGGAGACUCUGUGCUUAUUGAUUUUGGAUUACUUGGGCAAAGGCAAGGCAUAUGAGAGCGCAAUUGAAAUCUGCAAAGAGCUGGCAAUGCAGCACGCCGAGACUUUCCCUGACGCCUUGAGGAAUAAACAAUUCAUUUAUCGUGGAUAUGAAUGGGAGAAAUUUGGCACUUUCUGCGAACGGCUGCUUAACAAACACCCGGGCGCUCAGUUACUAAAGAUUGAUCCCACAGCGGAUCAGCGAUUUGGAAACGAUCAGUACAUCCAAUGUACUGCUGUGACUCCCGAGCCGGACCGAUCCCUUCCUAUUUUCACCAGUCCCGACGUCCCACUAGCCAUUCGCAAUUACUACGAACACAGCGCCAUCAAUGUCUUCAGCUCUACUAAGCAAAUAACAAAAUUCGACCGCGAUGGCAAUGAGGAGAUGUGGCUGGAAAAGACGAGAUCGGACAUUACAGAAUGGGAAGUAGCCGAAAUAUCACCUGUCGAAAAUGCUCUCCAUGAGGUCGAGCAAAAGAGUAGGGAACUGGCAUCAUUCCAUCUGCGGUAUGCGGCUCUUGCCAAAACUGCUCAGGUGUUUUCGACGAACGCUCUUUCUAUGAGCCUCAAUGGAGCCGUCGAUCCGGCUGUGGAUGGUCUACCGGUUUAUCGUGAAAUAUUCUUUGAUCCUGCGUACUCUAUCAAGCACCCUGAUAGGGUGGAAAUGAUCGACCGUCUCAGAGUCGCGAUAGAUGAACAGGUGCGGGUGACGGAUAGCUGCCUGAAAUUACACGGUCAAAUCUGUCCACAAGAGAUGUUGCGGUUCCAUCAAACCUUGGAAGAGCUCUUCAGGAAAAACUUCGCCGAAGAAAUCCGACGUAUAUCCGCAGAAAAUGGUUUCCAACAUUUCCCGCAAUCGUCCGCCGCCUCAAUACGGAUUCACGACCAAAGUUCGUCGUACGACGAUCGCUCCCGUCAACGGUCGCUGUCAAACUCAUCAGGACGGCCGUCCUUUGGGUUCCCUCUUUCAGUUAGCGGCUCAUCUAUGAGCCCUCAACCAAUUUCACCUCUAUCAUCGCGUCCCCCACUCCCUCAUCAUGAAGGCAUCAAACGCACCCCGUUGCAGAUGCACGCCGCACACGUUGCUCGUCACGGUAUAAACGGAGUGUUGACUGGCUGGCGAGAUGCUCCAAGUGAUACUACCACAGGCUCUCCGCGGGAUUCGUUGAUCACGGUCGGAAACACAGGCCCAGCACACUCUGGCGCUUCUGUGGCGAUGUCGACUAUAGGCAGUGUGAACUCUAUCAAAGGACGCUUAUCAUCACGAUUCGGUAGUUUUACGCGCAGUCGUCGAGGAUGA